AAAAAGAACAGAGAGAGGGGGAAAGAGAGAAAUAGAUAGGGACAUAGAGAGAGGGUAGCAGUUGGCGUGUCUCCUCCCCCUCCACCUUCAGAGCUGCGACCUAAAACACAAACACAUAUGUGCAGAAAUAAGCAAACCUUUGUGGCACCCCUCGAGCCCCGCAAACCCUUUUAUUCUUCAUCCACACCUUGCUGUUUUGGUCAGGGCACACUCCAAGAAACCCACGACAGGGCUUUGUGUUUGCUGUAAAGAAGAAGGAGAAAUAGAUUAUUCUUAAGUGAGGGAUCAAUAUGUAAUAACGACAACCAUGUAAAUCGGUCACUGGUUUAUGGCCACUGAUGUACCUUCUUGACAAAUGAGAAUCAAACAAGUUUCUUUAGAUAUUAAAACUUGGAGUACUGAACUGGCUGUACCUGUGAGGAAUUCUGGAAAGAUUUCCUUGAAUAACCCCAGAGAUUAAUGACUCUUCAUAAGAAACAUUUCAAAACUCUCCUUCAAUGACAAACAGGCUUUUGGUUUUCAUUUCAAGUCUGCUACCUCUUCUUCCCAAGAAAAGCCCCUGCUCUUCACUUUUCUGAUAUUUAUAUCUAUUUAUCUCUCUCUCUCUAUAUAUAUAUAUAUGUGUGUGUGUGUCUGUGUGUGCACAUACUUUAUUACAACUGGAGGACAGCAUAAGAAUUCUCUGAAGAAACAAAAACCCAGACAAAAGUUUAUUCUUUAAUCUUAUCAAUUGUUAGAAUGGGAAAUAUUUGGAGAGAGUAUCAACAAAUUACUCCGAGUCAUUUCAAAUAUUGUUGAAGACAAAGUCAGAAACUAAAUCUAUUGGUAAGAAAGUCCAGUAAGAAAGCAAAAAAGCCUGCUGUUUCAAUGGAUGGAUCUGCGGUUUCCACUGAAAUGAGAAUUCAUUAAAAGCUGGAUAAUUAUUAUUAUUCUUUGUUUACAACUUUAUACAAAUCUUUGUUUGAAUUCAGAAAAAAACGGAAAUAUAUUGAAAUAAGACCCUGUGGAUUACAGUGGAUUAAAUAAAACUGCUGCCAUCCUCUUCCUGCUCAUCCAGUUUGGAUUAUGUGUAAAGAGCCAUGUAUUCUGUACAGUCUAUGGCGUUUCCACAAGCUUUUCCCCAAAACGACUUGCAUCACCACCAUCAUCACCACCACCAGCCACAACAGCUGAAAGUGAACUUGAAACAACCUGUCCCACAACAACAACAACAACAGCAACAACCACCGCCACAACCACAACAGCAACCACCACCACCGCCACCACAGCAACCACAACCAACACUACCACUUCAGACCUCAACUAUCAUAGCUCAAGGAAUUUCCAGCUCUGUCCCCGCUGUGUCUUCAGCCAACCAUCAACACGUAAACAACAGCAGCAACAGUGCCACAAGUAAGAAACCAUUCAAGUGUGACAUAUGCCGGAAGGCCUUUUCUCGCAGAGCGAACUUGGACCAUCACGAAAAUGCCCCUGCUACGGAAAAGCAUUUCAGUUGUGGCUAUUGUUUCAAGGCGUUUUCACAGAGAGACAAGUUGAAGAGUCACCAAGCUAUUCACACGGGAGAGAGGAACUUUCACUGCGACAUUUGCCAGAAGUCGUUCACGCAGAAAGAUCACCUCAACAACCACUCGCGGACACACAGUGGUCAUCGGCCUUUUAAAUGUCAGGUUUGCUCGAAGGCUUUUUCACAGCGGGCUCAUUUGAAAAACCACCAUCGCAUACACACUGGCGAGAAGCCAUUCCACUGCACCUUCUGCGGCAAAGGGUUCAGCCAAAGUGCACAUCUUGCUAAGCAUGAACGAGUGCACACUGGUCUUAGGCCAUUCAGCUGUGCCUACUGCGGCAAAUCAUUUGCACAGCGCAGCAACUUGGACAACCACGAGCGCAUCCAUACAGGCUUGAAACCCUAUCACUGUGGUGUGUGUUCCAAGUCUUUUGCUCAGCGAGAUCAUUUAAACAACCACGAACGUAUUCACAGCGGCGAGAGACCAUACAGGUGCACCACUUGCUCCAAGUCAUUUGCACAGCGUGCACAUCUCAACAACCACAAGCGCAUCCACAGCGGCGAGAAGCCAUACACGUGCUUGAUCUGUCAGAAGUCCUUCUCGCAGCGAGCUAAUCUGAAGAAGCACGAACGCACACACACUUCGGAAGACAUUCAGAAAGCAUCAUCACAAUCAACAGCAGAAAACACGACGGCCUCAGUUGUGGACAUGAAUUCAACCCCGGCACCAGCGCCAGCCUCCACCACGCCUUCAUCACAGCAACAAACAGUUCACACACUCAACGUGUCUCCUGCCUCUUCAGCUUCAUUAAUGAUGAGCGCAUCACCCUGUUGUGCCUCAUCAUUUUCCACACACCCUCAGGAUCACCUGCAUCCCCAUCAAGUGAUGGUGCCAGACAGGCUGCCAAACAGCUACUGUUGGUCUCGUGGCUUUCCCGUCACUGCUUGGAGUGAUAGCACUGCCGUGCCAACAGUCCCCCCCGGCAGUGUGUUUCCUUGCAAUGGCGGCAUUGUUGGAGUGCACAGUAGCGGCGUGGGGGUGGUGUGUAGUGCUGGAACUGGCUGCACUAGCCAGCACCCAAACAAACAUGGAAUACAACUGGAUCUGAAUAAACCCAACUCUCAUCACAAAGGAAAGCAUUAGGAAAAUGUCAGUACAAAGGAUAAACUGUACAGCUCCUGUCACAGUGUAACACCAACACAGAAUUUUAUAAAAAAGACCCUCUCUAUGUGACGUAAGCCUGCAAUGUGUCAUAUCAGUAUUAUGACUUCACACAAUAAAAUUUAGUUACACUGUGACAGGCAUAAAACUGUUGUUACAUUGUGACAGAAAACCACCGCAACUAUGUAUAACAGUGUACCAUGGCAGACAAAAAGCAUUGUGCCAAGGUGCUGUUGGGAAUAACUGCAUAACAGUCAGGAUAUGAUUAUAGAAUGAAUCCAUGUUAAAAAGAGACUUUAUAUCAGCUGACAUAACUGUGUAACAGUGUAUCAUCAUUGAACAGGCCAGUGUGUUAUGUUAAAGCAAGGCAUUGUAACUGUGUGUGUCACCACAGCAGAGUAUUGUAUCAGAGACUGUGUAUGGAUAUAUAUAUAUGAAUUAUAUACGACAGGAGAGUGUAGCACAAGUGACAGUAUGAAGGCCACAACACUGGAUAUGUGACAGUACCAAGGUGGCUGCAUUCACAUACAUACAUCCUGUGAUAGAUAUCUUUCUCCUCCUCCUCUUGCACACGGCACUCCAGAUACAUCAGAACAACUAUAGCAUUCUUGAAUCUGGAUCAGACAAAACCAACUGUAUUAGUAGUCUCUGAUCACAUGUGGCAUUGCAUAGGCAGUCGAGACAUGUCACAACUGCGACUGGUAGAGGGUUAGAACAUGUCAUAAGGUAAAACUGACUGGUAGAGGGUUGAGACAUGUCGCAGUGUACACCUAUGACAGGUGGAUAGAUGGGAGGGAGGUUAAGACAUGUCAUAGUGUACAGCUGUGACUGGUAGAGGGUUGAGACAUGUCACUACAUCUGUGACUGGUAGUGAGUGAGGUGUGAUAAUGUGAAAUUGGCUGGGAGAGAGUUAAGACAUGUCAGUAAACAACUGGCUGGUAGAGAGAGUUAAGACCUGUCAUCAUGGAAAAAAGGGAACUGGCAGAGGAUUGAGACUUGUCACAGCAUACAACGGUGACUGGCACAGGGCUCAAAUUAAAACUGGAAGAAGGGAUUCUAUUUUUGUUGUUUCAUUUUGUUACUGUUUAUUUCUUACGAUCCAGCUUGUUGUUAAGGGAGAUCCCCCAACAGAAGUUCAAUGACCUGAUCUGAGUUAUCAGAAUGUCUUUCAAUUGAAUCGAUUUUGGAUUUGAUCACAAGGACUGUGCUUUGGCCAGGUUUGGGAGAGCAAUUUGCAUUCCAUUCAGAAUAUCGUUCCAUGUUCAAAUUGCUAUUCAUUGUAACCUCAUACCAUCCACCAUUAUCUGAUCUCAUACCAUCUGUUAUUUUCUGACUUUAUAUUUCUCUCAUAACCAUCCAUUCAUUGUUUUCUGAUCUCACAUCUGUCAUAACCAUCCAUCAUUUUGUGACAACUUCCAAUUCGCUGUCAGUGGCAGGUUUUGACAUUCAGAGUUGUCGACCCUUAGUCAUAUCCUACGAAAACCUGGUCAUCUUAGCACUUUGCAUCCUCCUCUUUCACAAAGGGCCAGCUGCUCUUUUUGCCCAUUUAUGGUAAUCAGUCGGCUUUCACUUCACUUUCACCUGGUUUCCCAUCUCAACUGUAACCCUGUCGCUUUGUCACCCCCCCCCCCUCAUCAGUCAUCAUUCUAAUGUGGUCAUGUGAUCCAGUCACUCACCUCACCACACAGGAAAUCAUUUUGUUGUUUUGAAAGAAAUCCUCUUUUCUUUCUCUUUCUGGCCCAUGACCGUGCUUUCUUCCUCUUGUCAUUUCUAUUUGAACCUGAAACCACAGACAUGGAGCAGGGAUCCCUUAUCUUCUCCCUCAUUCAUCUUUACUUACUGUUCUUGAGAUUGAGUUACAAAACUGUGUUGAGUGGGGACAUCAACUCAACUUCCAUUUUCAGUCUCUCAAGUGGAAUCCCUAGUUUAACUCCAGACUUCAGUGACACAAUGAGCUCAACUCCAAGCAUAGCUGAGACAUCAGUUUAACUCCGGACUAUGUUAAAAGGACCCUUCCAGCUUGACUCUAAAUUAACGCCUCACUUGUCGGUCCCCUUUUAUUUCUAACACCCCUCUAUGCCACAUACUAAAUAAAGAAAAUGAAGACAUUUA